GAGACAAAGAUUGUGAUAACAGAUAGUGCAAUAUCUGAGAAGAAAUUAAGAAAAGAAAAGUAUCUUUGUGAGUGCAGAUAGAAGUGAGAAGAGUAAUGGAGGAUUGCCAUCCUUUAUUGAGAGGAGGAAGAAAAACAGAGAAAGGUUACAGCCAUGGAUUAUCAACUAGUCAGAUGCAUGUCAUGGCUUCCAUUUGUGACACCCUUUUUCCUUCUCUCCCAUUAAACAAACAUAUCUCACAAAAUCAAAUCCUCUCAUCUUUCUACUCUGCUUCUGGUUCUCACUUUCCUUUUCCUGAUGAGGCUGCAGAGUCAUUGAUGUUGUUCAAGAAAAGUAUCCCAAAAGCAAUGCCUUUGGUGAGGUGGAUUCUACUGAUUCUAUCAUUCAGAUUAGGGACACUUUUACUUUGUGGAACUCUUUGCUUGCAUUGGAAGUGGCCUUUUGUUCUCAAAUUCACUGAGAUUUCUUUGGAAAAGAGGGAAAAAAUUCUGAACAACUGGUCAAGGGAGAAAUUUUGGAUACCUCUAAGGGUGGUUUUUGUGUUGAUCAAACUUGUUUUCUUCUUCACUUUGUUCUCCAGGGUAGAUGUAAAUGGUCACAAUCCAAUGUGGAAAGCAAUAGGGUACAAAGUAGACACUAGGGAAAAGUUGAAACAAAAGAAGAGGCCCCUCCAAGAAGGACUAAUAGAAACUACAUACGAAUCCGAUUCGACAUUAAUCCAAUCCCUGACUGAAAAAGGCCUUGAAGUCACUGAAGAUGUAGAUCAUAACUUGUACAAGAUAAAAUGUGACGUUGCCAUUGUCGGUUCUGGCAGUGGCGGAGGAGUUGCAGCCGCAAUUCUUGCAAACUCAGGUCACAAAGUGAUCGUCCUAGAGAAAGGAGAGUAUUUUGUUUCACACGAUUAUUCUUCACUUGAAAGUUCAUCGAUGAAAGAGCUAUACGAAUCAGGAGGAAUGAUGCCAACUGUUGACGGCAAAACGAUGAUCUUGGCCGGCUCAACAGUAGGUGGAGGUUCAUCUAUAAACUGGGCUGCUUGUGUAAGAACACCUGAUUCCGUUACGAAAGAAUGGUCCAAAAAAUAUAAACUAUCACUUUUCGCAACCUCUGAUUAUCGAUCUGCUAUGGACUCAGUAUGCAGAAGGAUCGGUGUGACGGAGAAAUGCAAUAAGGAGAGCUUUCAAAACCAAGUUCUUCGAAAAGGGUGCGAGGGAAUCGGCUUAAAAGUUGAGUCAGUUGCAGUGAACUCAUCAGAAGAUCAUUAUUGCGGUUCGUGUUGUUUCGGUUGUAGAACAGGCGAUAAAAAAGGAACCGACUCUACUUGGUUGGUUGAUGCUGUAAACAAUGGUGCAGUUAUCAUCACUGGAUGUAAUGCUGAGAAAUUCAUACUUGAAAAUGGAAAGAAUGGAACAAUAAAGAGAAAAAAUUGUUCAGGAGUGAUUGCUGCAGCAAGUAACAAAAGUAAGAUAACCAAGAAACUUCAAAUAGAAUCCAAAGUAACUAUCUCAUCAUGUGGAUCUCUAUUUACACCCCCUCUGAUGAUUUCCAGUGGUUUACAAAAUUCAAACAUUGGAAGAAACCUUCAUCUCCACCCUGUUCAAUUUGCUUGGGGAUAUUUUCCAGAAGAAAUGACAAAUUUGAUCGGUAAUAACUAUGAAGGAGGAAUCAUAACUUCUAUUCACAAAAUACUUGCUGAGAAUUCGACACCGAAAAUCAUUAUAGAAGCACCUGCUUUAGGACCUGGAUCCUUUUCAGCAUUGAUUCCAUGGACCUCAGGUCUUGAUAUGAAAGAAAGGUUGGUGAAGUAUGCAAGAACUGCUAACCUAUUUGCAUUGGUUAGAGACAAAGGGUCAGGAGAAAUAAAAACCGAAGGAAGAGUUUCUUACCGACUCGAUAAAAUCGACAAAGAAAAUCUUAGAGUUGGAUUAAGGCAGUCUUUAAGGAUUUUGGUUGCUGCGGGAGCUGUAGAAGUAGGAACUUAUAGAAGUGAUGGACAAAGAAUUAAAUGUAGAGGGAUUAAAGACAAAGACUUGGAGGAGUUUCUUGACAAUGUCGCGGUUGUCGGGGGACCGCGGUCGAGAGGUGAAGUGUGGACAGUGUUUAGUUCUGCACAUCAAAUGGGAAGUUGUAGAAUGGGAGCUAAUGAAGAAGAGGGUGCAGUUGAUGAGAAUGGAGAAAGUUGGGAAGCAAAAGGGUUGUUUGUGUGUGAUGGAAGUGUUUUGCCUAGUGCUGUUGGUGUUAAUCCUAUGAUAACUAUUCAAUCUACCGCAUACUGUAUUGCUAGUAAAAUUGCUGAAUCAUUGAAGAAGAAAUAGACAGAGCUUUAAUAAUAAUAAUAAUAAUAAUAAUAAAUAAUAAUAAUAAUAUUAAUAAUAAUAUUAAUAUUAAUAAUAAAAAAAUAAUAAUGAUAAUAAUAAUAAUAAUAACAAUAAUAAUAAUGAAGAGUAUAGUUUCAAUGCAAAAGAAUUUCAUUGAAAAUGCACAUGUACUUUUCAUUUUAUACCUCAUAUUGUAACUAGUAUUGUUAGUGUUCACAAAUAAAGUUUCAUGUAACUAUGUCAAAGUUUAGUAUGUGGGAAUUCAUAAUAUGAUGUGAUUAUGUAUUUCUUAUGGAUUUUGUAAGUUCCAAUAUUGUCA